CCUUGCGGCAAUGCUCAAGAACAGAAAUUUCCUCUUUGAAAACAUUUAAUGUAUUUGGAGCCUCCACUGAACUGCCUUGAAUAGCCCACUUUGAACUAGAAUAAUUUAGUCUGACAACAGAUUCUUCUCUGUUCACAGCUGUCCCAGAAGGAGGAGCUGAAAUCCGAACCUUUCUGCUGUGAUUGGGUGCUUCUACUUCUAGUAAAAGCCAGGGAGAAAAUCCCUCCCAGCCCUGAAGAACUCAGUUGGGCAGGGAGCCGGGUGACUUCAGAGGCGCCCGCUUGUCCCAGGCUGCACCUGAACCGCCACGAUGCUGUAGGACCUCCGCCUGGACCGUUAUCCGCCCGCGCCUGCCUGCCGCCACCAUGCCGCGCUCCUUCCUGGUCAAGAAACAUUUCAACGCCUCCAAGAAGCCUAACUACAGCGAACUGGACACACACACAGUGAUCAUUUCCCCGUACCUCUAUGAGAGCUACCCCAUGCCUAUCAUACCAAAACCAGAGAUCCUCAGCUCAGGAGCAUACAGCCCUAUUACUGUGUGGACAUCAUCGGCAGCUCCAUUCCACUCCCCUCUGUCCAGUGGCCUUUCCUCUCUUACUGGAUACUCCUCACCCUUGGGGCGAGUAAGCCCCCCUCCUUCAUCUGAUGCUUCAUCCAAGGACCACAGUGGUUCAGAAAGUCCCAUUAGUGAUGAAGAGGAAAGACUACAAGCCAAGCUCUCAGACCCCCAUGCCAUUGAAGCUGAGAAGUUUCAGUGUAAUUUGUGUAAUAAGACAUAUUCUACUUUCUCUGGGCUGGCCAAACAUAAGCAGCUGCAUUGUGAUGCCCAGUCUAGAAAAUCUUUCAGCUGCAAAUACUGUGAAAAGGAAUAUGUGAGCCUGGGUGCCCUUAAGAUGCAUAUUCGGACCCACACAUUGCCUUGUGUCUGCAAGAUCUGUGGCAAGGCUUUCUCUAGACCCUGGUUGCUUCAAGGACACAUUAGAACUCAUACAGGGGAAAAGCCUUUUUCUUGCCCUCAUUGCAACAGAGCUUUUGCAGACAGGUCAAAUCUGAGGGCACAUCUGCAGACCCACUCUGAUGUAAAGAAAUACCAGUGCAAAAACUGCUCCAAAACCUUCUCCAGAAUGUCUCUUCUGCACAAGCAUGAGGAGUCUGGCUGCUGUGUGGCACACUGAUUGGCACAAUCAGUGUUUACUCGAACAGAAUGCAUUUCUUCACUCCAAUGCCAAAUGAAAGCCCAAAGCUGUUUUCUCUUGUGCUUACCUACAAAAUAGUACGUAUAGAUACACACAAAAGUCUCUCUCUCUCUCUCACACACACACACACAACUAUAGAACAUAAUCUAUAUACUUAAAAUUAAUCCUUUCUAUGUGAAGUUUAAAAUUAUAUUUACCGACAGCUAUAUUGAAAGACUAGAAGACAAGAACCUUUUCUUUAAAGAUGAAGUGAAAAGCACAUUGCAUCUUUUCUUAUUAAGAAAGAAUGCAGAAAUUUACAUUGCUGCCAAACCAUUUCAACUAAAAGGAACAGUAUUGCUUCAUAAUAGAUUUGUAAUAGUAUUUGUAAUAAUAUUUCCAAGAGGAAGAGAGUUUGCCAGAUGCUAUCUCAGGUGCCUUAUAAAGUACUCCAAGUUUACUUCCUUACGUGUCAGAUGUCUGGUUGUCAUCGGUGAAUGAAAGUCUUUUCUGGAUUGCCUAAAAUGCUUUAAACUGUAUCAUUAUAAGAAAAAAAUGAGAAAAAGAACAGAACACAAAAGAAUGUAUUAAAAUAUUAUUAUUUUGUUUCAUUUUUGCCAUGUGUGCCUUGGAAGAGGAGGGAAGGGCAAACUUCAAACAUUCCUGGUGCAUGUGCCAUGUUGUCUUACUUUUUAAAAGGAUCAUAGUGAUUUAUAAGACAAUUUAAUGAAUAAGACAACAUAAUGCAAGAGAGCAUCUUAGACAUUUAGUAAUGUACUUAGAGUUUUGAAAAUGCAUAUGAUGGCUGCAAUAACACAAUGCCCUUCAAAGUGCCUGUUUUAAUGAAUUGUGUAGUUGAUGCAAAUUAUGUUUAUUUUUAUAUGGCUGAAUGAGCUCUGUAUGAAAGUGAGGUGUGGUCUAUAACUGUGCCUACAUACAACCUGAACACUUGUGAAAUCAAUGUUCCUUUUUUAAAAAGUCAUUUUCAUGUCCACUUUUUUACAAUAAACAUUUUUGGUGUAAAAAUUA